UCACGCUGUAUAACGCACUUGUUUCCCGUCUGGCCUCGACACCUCACUAUAGCUCACGCCUACUCCCUACACCGUCUUCCAUUCGUCCGUCCACGCCUCCCUGGCACCUCCCUCCACCCCCAAUGUCCUCCAUGCUUUCCAAAGACAAACGCAGCAAGGACGACAGGCCCUACAAAUGCACAUUUUGCGAAAAGGCGUUCCACAGACUAGAACACCAGACCAGACACAUCCGUACCCACACCGGCGAGAAGCCCCACGCCUGCAGUUUUCCGGGAUGCAACAAGCGCUUCAGCAGGUCCGACGAGCUCACCCGCCACUUGAGAAUACACAACAACCCUGCGUCCAGAAAACGCAAGAACAAGGCUGACUUCUUGGACGACGACAAGGAAUACCCCCAGCCACAGCCACUCCCACUUCACCAGGCGUCCUCGUCGAUCGCUACUGGCAAUCCCGCCACUGGUUCUGUGCCAGUAGCCAUCGAUCGUAAUGGCAACCACUACUACCAGCCGUAUCCGGUAUACUUCAUUACCCAGCCCAGUUUCCAGCAGACGCAGCCCUCGCAACAGAACCCAUCACCGCCAAACUCCUACAAGGUGCCGGUGAUGAGCAAGUCGGGGUCCACCACAUCGAUCGCUUCGGGAAGCCAUCUUUUCAGCCAUGCCGGCACCAUGUCUACCGCCAAUUCCGCCACCCACUCGCUCAGCACCUCUCCUGACACCUCCAGCUACUCAGGCAUGCAUCCGCCUGCAAGCCACGCCAGAACGCCGUCGUUGACCAACUUGAGUGACUACAUCCUCCAGAACCAGCAAAAGUACAACCUCGCGCAGAGCGCGUCGUCCAGCAGCAUCAGCCAGCACAACCGCAUGUUCAAUGCGUCCUCCAACUCGCUCAGCUCGCUCAGCGGCAAGGUGAAGUCGGUGUCAGGAACCAACUUGGCCGGCAUGAACAUUGUGCCGCGCAUGACCCCCAUCAAGCAGCCGCCCACCCCCCACCAACCAGGUGCAGCCCACUUCACCUUGCCCAAGCAGAUGUCGUCCACCUCGCUCAACUUGGAGUUCUUCCAGGGCCAGGGCCCCCACCAACCCAAGAAGUCACGCCCCAAUUCGCCUUCGCAGACCCACGCCGUGGUGGACAAGAAGCAGUUUGUGAUUUCGCCCAACGACACCCCUUUGCAAACCCCCUCGGAAUCGCCUCACAUGCCGCAUCAAAGCAUGCCUAAAGAGGGUGCCGGUGCACCCCCUAAGGCGCCCAACGCAUUGAACUUGCUUACUGAGGCCUCUAGGAACUUGCAGCAACAGCAGGAACAGCAGGAGCAACAGGCACAGCAGGCGCAACAGGCAUCUUCCAUUGCCACCACCGGCACCCAGCUUCCUCCCAUCAGAUCGGUGUUUAGCUUCACCUCGCUCGGGGCGCUUCCCGCGUCCGACGCAAAGAACUCCAGUAUGAGCUUAGCCAACUUGAUGACCUAAUGAUAGAACACGACGAUGUAAUAUAGACGGAUAUCCUUAAUAAAAUAUGCUAGUAGCAAAUGUAGUGCAGGAAGCGGGUGCAUGCAAAGCUCGUAGGGAACGAAGUCUGCCGAGCUUAAUCAUACGGUGAUGAUGCAAACAGAGAGCUUAAAAGGAACUGUGCUUAUUGCAUAAAUCAACCGUGCUCAUUCACAGACGUCAAACUUUACAGAACCAGACAGAGCUUUAUUUUGUCAGCCAGAUCUAACUGAUACGAAGUCUACCUCCUACUAUCCCACUCACCAGGGCCACCCCACAGCCACCACUCCUUACUCUGAUGCGGUUGAGUCACCACCUUGUACAGCCUCCACCCUCAGGA